AGCGACGCAGGGGUCAUGGCGGACGACAAGGGGAAAAAAUGGAGGAUUGCGCGCACGGAUUCCCCGGCUAUAAAAGGCGCUCCACCCCCCACGAACUCACCAGCUCUCCACCAAGAGCUAAUACCAGAAUAUACCGUAACACCACCGCACCACCACCUAACGCCGGCUGCUUGCUUUACACCGCGUCGUGCGUUCCCAGAUCCGCCGAGUUCUUCGAUCGCUCCAGCAAAGAUGAAGAUCACGGUGCGGGGGUCGGAGAUUGUGUACCCGGCGGCGGAGACGCCGCGUCGGCGGCUGUGGAACUCGGGCCCGGACCUGGUGGUGCCGCGGUUCCACACGCCCAGCGUCUACUUCUUCCGCCGGAAGGACGCGGAGGGGAACGACCUGGCGGCCGCGGACGGGAGCUUCUUCGACGGGGCACGGAUGCGGCGCGCGCUGGCGGAGGCGCUGGUGCCCUUCUACCCGAUGGCGGGGCGGCUGGCCCGCGACGAGGACGGCCGCGUGGAGAUCGACUGCAACGCGGGCGGGGUGCUGUUCCAGGAGGCGGACGCGCCCGACGCCACCGUCGACGACUUCGGCGACUUCGCGCCCACCAUGGAGCUCAAGCGCCUCAUCCCCACCGUCGAGUACACCGACGACAUCUCCGCCUUCCCGCUCCUCGUGCUCCAGGUGACACACUUCAAAUGCGGUGGCGUCGCGAUCGGCGUGGGCAUGCAGCACCACGUUGCCGACGGCUUCUCCGGCCUGCACUUCAUCAACUCGUGGGCGGACCUCUGCCGCGGCGUCCCGAUCGCCGUCAUGCCCUACAUCAACCGCUCCCACCUCCGCGCGCGUGACCCGCCGGCCCCGGCCUACCCUCACAUCGAGUACCAGCCGGCUCCCGCCAUGCUCUCCGAGCCUCCGCAGGCGCCCCUCACGGCGAAGCCGGCGGCGCCGCCCACCGCCGUUGCCAUCUUCAGGCUGAGCCGCGCCGACCUCGGGCGCCUCCGCUCGCGGAUCCCCGCGCGCGAGGGCGCGCCGCGGUUCAGCACGUACGCGGUGCUGGCAGCGCACGUGUGGCGGUGCGCGUCCCUGGCGCGCGGCCUCCCCGCCGACCAGCCCACCAAGAUGUACUGCGCCACGGACGGGCGGCAGCGGCUGCAGCCGCCGCUCCCGGAGGGGUACUUCGGCAACGUGAUCUUCACGGCGACGCCGCUGGCCGACGCCGGCACGGUGACGGCCGGGGUGGCGGAGGGCGCGGCGGUGAUCCAGGAGGCGCUGGACCGGAUGGACGACGGGUACUGCCGGUCGGCGCUGGACUACCUGGAGCUGCAGCCGGACCUGUCGGCGCUUGUCCGCGGCGCGCACACGUUCCGGUGCCCCAACCUGGGGCUCACCAGCUGGGUGCGCCUGCCCAUCCACGACGCGGACUUCGGGUGGGGGCGGCCCGUGUUCAUGGGCCCCGGCGGCAUCGCGUACGAGGGGCUCGCCUUCGUCCUCCCCAGCGCCAACCGCGACGGCAGCCUGUCCGUGGCCAUCUCGCUGCAGGCCGAGCACAUGGAGAAGUUCCGGAAGCUCAUCUACGACUUCUGAUCUCCUUCACACACGAGCCAUCCAUCAGUAAGCGCAGGAGCAGCAGAAAUCGAAACAGGAGGGUGAUCUUACAAGUUUACUAGGUUGCAGCAAGAUUCUUUGAUUGCACACAUACUAGUUCCUGCACACGUUUUCCGUUCCUGCCUGCCCCUUUUGGGCAGGAUGUACACGUUUUGUGCCGUAUAUGAUUCACGGGCCUGAACGGCCUGAGCAAUUGUAUGAUGAACAAUUUAAGCAGUUCCGAAUGAGACAGAUGAAUAAGGUUAAUUAUCUCUU